AUGGGUAAGAUGAAAGCUCUACAGACAAUAAUACUAGUGAUAAUUCUAUGAAUUUUAGUAAAGUCAGAAAUCGAAGUUGCCCAAAGCUUCGAAGAUGUCAACCGCUUCCUCCAACUCAACCAAGAUGUCACUGUUGCUCUUCUCUUCAUUGAUAGCUCUGCUGCUGAUCAAGCUGGUAGCGGGUUUCUAUCUGGAGUGGUUUCUUCGGUAACUCAUAUAUUCAGUGGUGCCGAAGAACCCUCUGCAUCACACCAGAGAGUGGCCGAGAUUGAGAAAGAAAUUUCUGAUGAUGCUGCACUCAUACAGGUAGACAUCAGCAACGAGAACCUCAGAGGGGUCCAGGAGUCGUAUGGUGUGACGACGGUUCCGUUCUUGGUCGUGACUAAGAGAGGAAUCGUUGUUCUCAAAGAAGCGCCCACCCGCUCGACCCAUGAAAAGAUAUUGCAGGUGCUCAAUGUGAGCUCAGGAAGCCAGCGUGAUGACACAGCAAGCAGCGACGUCAAUACUGAAGCCAGCGGUGAAGAAAGUAUCUCAGGCGGAUCUUCAGCAAGAUCUGUUCAUGAGUCUGGUUUUAGUUCUGAGGCUGUAUCAUCAAGCGAUGUUGGAAUCCCACAUUAUUCAGAAGAACAUUCACAAGAACAUUACGAAGAGAAUGCUGCACACCAUGUUGCACAGCAAGCAUCCGAGUUAGCUGAAGAAGCCAUCUCUCACACUGAGACAGCAGCGAGCAAUGCUAGUGAACAUCUUGCAGGCAUUCAUGGCUCUACAGAUUCAACUGAUUUCAGAGGUGGUGGAGAAGUCGAAGAAACCAUAAUUGAAACUCCUUCUGUGAUUGUUCAAAGUACCACAACUCCAGAGUCUGCUCAAGCAGAAGAGUCUACAGCCACUGAGUGGGACUCAAGCCAGACUAGCUCUGAGGACAUGCACAGUUCUGGCACCGCGCUCACAUUACAAAUGGAGCCAUCUGGAUUCAAUGGUGACCUGAUAAUUCUGAACGAUGACUUGACGACUACCUCGAAUAGACCAGUGCAACCAAAGCCAAGAGUGCAGCCUAUCGGAAUUACAGAGCCAGGUAAGAUCUUUGCAACAACGAUUGACCCAAACGACCACUCUGGUGUUCCGAGGAUCUUUGAGAUGCCUACGAGGCCGAGUACAAUCCCAGCAAUGUCUGAACCACUCCAAUCAAUAAAACCAAUAGAACAAGUUAGACUAACCAGGAAAUUCGAAUCAGCAGGCAAACCUCAGCCAAUAAUACCUGUUUAUACAGAAGCGGAUGCAGAGGUAAAUAUCCAAACACAAACUGAUUCUGAUCAAGAAGUUGAUUCUCACUUGGAAGCUGAAGCCUAUACUGAUGCUGAUCAUUCAACAAAGGAUGAGGUAAAUGUAGAUGCUGAAGCUCAUCCUGAUUUGUAUGUUCAGCCUAGUAUUAACAUUAAGCCUCAGUCGACCACGCAAGUUGAAGUACAUGCUCAGACUGAGCCAGUUUCUGGUCAAAUUCUAGAGCCUGUUGUAGAUGUCCAUCUUGCACUAGAGAGAGAAGAUAUUUCAGAAAGACCAGAGGCUCAUCCUGAGUCAGAACCAACAAAACCUCAGACACAAACACAAAACGAACAGCACGAGCCAAUGAUGGUAGCUCCAAGAAUAACUCUGGCCCCAGGCGAGAAGCCAAUACCAGUUCCAGAACCCACUCCAAUUUCAACACCAGAGCUGAGUCAGGUUGGACCACAAACUGAACCUCAGGUUGUUCCAAGGAGAAUCAUCUUAGCACCAACAGAUAACCCAGUCCCAGAUUCAAUUACGAGUGUGACCCAAACCAAGUCAGUACAGCCCAUUCAUAAGCACCAAGUUCAGCAGGCUCCUUCGAAACCAACACAGUCCAAUCUGGCUCACAAAGCUGCCAACACUAUCCAGACACAAGCAUCCACAAUAUACCAACAAUCAGCUCAUGAACAAUCGAAGUCUCAAGCGCAACAAAAUCCAACUCAGCAAGCAAUUGAAGGGCCACGAACAACCGAGCCAGACCACCUGGCUCCUGACGACAGACGCAAAGUAGUCCAUCACCACUGCCACAACAGAGACGGCUACGGUGACUGAGAGUCACUGGACUGGCGAAGAACUCCAGGCUACAUCCCUGAGCUGGAAGACUAUGAAGUCCCGGAGCAGUGGUGGAGACAAGGGUAUACUCCGAUCAAUGGCGCCAAUUCUGCAGAUGAAUGGACAAAGACUCAGAGAGAACAGUGAGAGGUUCACAGUCAGCCUGUAAAAGUAGAGGCGAUAGAGCCUCGAGAAGUUGUUGCACAUAUACCAGAGUCUAUUAUUGUUGAGCCAGUUAUGAAGCCUAGCUUGGAGAUUGCAUCAUAUGAAGCUCAGGGAGUAGCUGAAGUUUCCCAAGUUUAUCCUGUGAGAAAGACACUUCCCCCAGCUAGAACAGUUCAACCUAUAUUAUAUGAAGCUGAAAUUGGUUUGAAGGAACUUUCUGUUUAUCAACCUAAAUCAAAAAUAUAUUCAUCCUCUCCUAUAAUUCAGACUCCUGAGCCUCAAGCUUCUUCCUCUAAAAAGAAUGUAACUUCAUCCACAACGAAAGCUUCUUACAAACUACCAGCAACCAAGGUCUCAAAACCAGAACCCACUUCUUACAAAUCCCAAACUGCUUACUCUCUCCCCAAAUCCUCUCCCUCUCAAGCCCAAAACCUUUCCCCAAAUCCUAAAACUCCACUUCUCAGAACCAAACUUAACCCACCAAAAACCAACCUUCUCACUCAACCCCCAAUUCAAAAAGUUCCAAAUCCUCCAUCCUUCCCAGUAAAAUCUCCCAAAAUCCCUCUUGUCCCAGCCCCAAACUCUCCACUCAGACCUCCCUCAACCGCUCCAGUCCAAGUUGCUCAUUCUUCCAAAAGUAUAGUAGGCCAACCUCUUGGUUCUAGCCUGAAGCCUGAAGAAGUUCAGAGAUUUAAGCAGGCUAGAUCUAGGAAGGAAGCUGAAAGAGACCAUGUGCAAGCACAGUUAAGCAGGUUUAAAUAA